GCACGCACGCCCGGCGCGCCGGCUGGUCCUCCUCCAUCCCGCCGGCGAGGAGGGAUGUCGAGGGGCUCCAAGGCGGUGCUGGGGCUGUCCGUCGUCCUGACGGUCGCCACGGUGACCGGCGUGCACCUGCGCCAGAGGCAGGACCGGCAGAGGCUUCGAAACGGCGUCAUCAGAGACAUCGAAAGGCAAAAUCGGAAAAAAGAAAACAUCCGUCUUCUGGAAGAGCAAAUUGUUCUGACUAAACAUUUUGAAGCAGAGAGAGACAGGGUGCCACUGGCAAAUGGGUCUCAAAAAACAAAUUAAGAGUAAGUAGCGUUUCAAAUCCUGGGUGACCAGUUCCAUGGACUUCAGAAGGCAGAAGGAUGGACAAUAGCAUUCACAUGAG